CUUCUUCUUUUCGUUAUCAAUCAAAUAAUAAAUUCCCUAUCGGUGUUGUUUUUCUCAUUCGGCCUUUCCCUCACUUUCCCCUCAAAUUCAUUUUGCUCUCUUUUUCUCUCUUUCUAAAACAAUGGCGAUCGCUGAGGCCAACUCUCAACAACAAGAGAAGGUUUCUUCAGAGGCUUCAGCGGGUGAAAAGAAAAGAUGGACGCUGAGCGAUUUUGACAUUGGAAAGCCCCUUGGACGAGGAAAGUUCGGUCACGUUUAUUUAGCUAGAGAAAAGAGGAGCAAUCAUAUCGUGGCUCUCAAGGUGCUUUUUAAAAGCCAAUUGCAACAAUCUCAAGUUGAACAUCAGCUGCGUCGCGAAGUGGAAAUACAAAGUCACCUGCGUCAUCCCAAUAUAUUGAGGCUUUAUGGUUAUUUCUACGAUCAGAAACGUGUUUACCUGAUACUGGAGUACGCAGCCAAGGGCGAACUCUACAAGGAACUGCAGAAAUGUAAAUACUUCAGUGAAAGACGUGCGGCUACUUAUGUUGCAUCUUUAGCUCGGGCACUCAUUUAUUGCCAUGGAAAGCAUGUAAUACACCGAGACAUCAAACCUGAGAACUUGCUAAUUGGUGCACAGGGUGAACUUAAGAUUGCUGAUUUUGGAUGGUCAGUACACACAUUCAACCGUAGGCGGACUAUGUGCGGCACACUUGAUUAUCUCCCUCCUGAAAUGGUUGAAAGUGUAGAGCACGAUGCUAGUGUAGAUAUCUGGAGCCUUGGUGUGUUGUGCUAUGAGUUCCUUUAUGGAGUCCCUCCUUUUGAGGCCAAGGAACACUCCGACACUUACCGGAGGAUUGUGCAAGUGGAUCUGAAGUUCCCUCCUAAACCCAUAGUUUCAUCUGCAGCUAAGGACCUCAUUAGUCAGAUGCUUGUCAAGGAUUCUUCAGAACGCCUGCCAUUGCAUAAGCUUCUUGAGCACCCAUGGAUUGUUCAAAAUGCGGACCCAUCUGGCAUCUAUAGAGCUUAAAUCACUUCCCUUCCUCUUAAUUCUUUUUUGAGAGGAUGAUUGGGCAAAGAUUUCUGGUUUUUGCGACAGAUGCAUCCAAGCUUUGUACGAAUAACAAUAUAUUAUAAUUCCUUUGUAUGCUUACAUUACUAUGAUUUGUUGUUAUGAGAUGUGCAACAUCUUUUUCUAUUUUCCUUUU